GUCAACUCAAAAAUCGAAGUGGAUUUCUCCAGGCGUACACUCCUUGUUUUCUGUAUCCCAACUAGCAUUUCUGUUCAUACGCCUGUUCAGAAAUGUUACGGUUAAAACAACCAUCGCUCGUAGCUGUCAAUGACGGCUCUUAGCGUUUUACAACGCGGGGGAACAGAAAACCAGCGUUUCUGCCAGCUAAGCUAACGUAACUGCAACCGUUAGCAGAACUAUUCCUACUCCUCUGUCGAGCUAGCUGUGGAUUAGCACUUUAGCCUAGCUUGCUAACCAAGCACAUCUGAGAAAGGGAACAGAUGAUGUGAAAUAAAAGAGCGCCGUUGGGAGCCAUUACCGAUUCUGGCUGACACCCAGUGAACAUAAGACAUCUUCCUACAGAUCCAGACAGCAUUCCUGUCUGUUGCUCAUCCAGCACCUGAACCAUGUGAGGACCCCUCGGUCUGAUCUGAGGGGAUCCCUGGACUGUUGAAACAAGGACCCCGCUGUGCGGGGAAGGACUCAUCCUGUCUCUGUGUGACAGAGCAGCAAAACUACCAACUCCCCAUCUAAACAUUCCCAUUUUCCCUACCAAGGGGACACGCCAUGAUGUUCCGAGAUCAGGUGGGUAUCCUCACAGAUUGGUUCAAAGGCUGGAAUGAGUGUGAACAGACGGUGGCACUCUUGUCACUUCUGAAGAGGGUGUCCCGCACCCAGGCUCGUUUUCUCCACAUCUGCCUUGAACAUUGGCUGGCAGACUGCACUGAGAUCCACAUCCUUGAAGCUGAGGCCAACAAUGCAGCAACUGUCAGCCAGUGGCAUCAGGAGCCAAAGGAAAAGGUGGUUUCCUUGCUGUUGUCCCACUUGCCCCUGCUGCAGCCACGUAACUGUGAGGCCAAAUGUGAGUACAUGAAGCUGCUGCAGAAGGUGUUAACCCACACGAUUGAGAGUAGCCUUUUUGUGGAAGAAAGCAGGCAACUGCUCUCCUAUGCACUCAUCCACCCUGCCACCACCCUGGAUGAUCGCACCUCACUUGCCUCCUGGCUAAAUCACCUGGAGGAACACCUCUCUAGCGGUUAUGCAUCUCGGGCACCUCCGAGCCCUUACCACCCACGCCAGGGCUCAGAUGAAUGGCCCAGCUCUGCUGAGGUUCUUGACCCAGGCAAUGCAUGGUCAGACAAGUCCCCUUCAUCUAGCACAUCUCCUGCCGGCCAGAAUGGACACAUGCCUUUUCCAGGCGGGAUGUCCUCUCCAGUUAACAGCAAUAACACAGGUAUGGUUGGGCAAAUCCAGCCAAGCCCUCUGAAGAAGCCCAUGCAGGGGAUUCCCUCUAACUCCCAGGCUUGUGGUUCAGAGUGGGGCAGCCAGGAUGACACAGGGGGGCGGCAGAACUUCAUCUCCACAGAUCAUGCACCCCUUUCACCUCAGAGCAGCAUAGCAUCUUCAGGCAGUGAGCAGACAGAAGAGCAGGGCUCCGCUCGCAACACUUUCCUGGAGGAUGGCAGCGGCAUGAAAGAUGUUCCUGCGUGGUUAAAGAGCCUCCGUCUUCAUAAAUAUGCAUCCCUAUUCUCUCAGAUGACCUAUGAGGAGAUGAUGAUACUCACGGAGCAACAUCUAGAAUCUCAGAAUGUCACUAAAGGAGCCCGACACAAGAUUGCGUUGAGUAUCCAAAAGCUGCGAGAGAGACAAGGUGUUCUCAAGUCUUUAGAAAAGGAUAUUUUGGAGGGGGGGAACCUGCGAAAUGCCCUCCAGGAGCUUCAGCAGAUCAUUAUUACACCCAUCAAGGCCUACAGUCCACCCAGCGCUGCACAGGCUGUCUCAGAUGCCUCCAAUUCCUCCACAGAAGGCACAAAAACAGAAGCAGAUAAAGAGCCAACAUCGGAGGAUUUUCAGUCUCACAACCAACCCCCCUGUGACGGAGACUCUGCAGUCACACCUGUUUCAGAUGGGGACAUUGCAGGACAGUUUACACGCGUCAUGGGAAAAGUAUGCACCCAGCUGCUGGUUUCAAGGCCAGAUGAGGAAAACAUUAGUUGUUACCUUCAACUUAUUGAAAAAUGUCUCGCACACGAGGCAUUCACAGAAACUCACAAGAAAAGGCUGGUCACCUGGAAGCAACAGGUUCUUAAGCUGCUGCGCCUCUUCCCUCGGAAAACUAUGCCUGACAUGUCGGCUUACCGACAGAAAGGCUGGAACUAUGGGUCAAACUCCCUCCCCACAGCAGGCUCUGUGAGUGGAGGUGUAAGCCGAAGGGGCCAGAGGCAGUUCCAGAUGACCCCUCGAGGACUCCCAGCUGGGCGCAUGUGUCUUCCUGGUGGGAUCGGUGGAGCAUCUCCACGCCACACGCUCACUAAUCCUGCAUUAGCAGGGCAGGGUAGACAAAGCCUGUGGUUUGCCAACCCUGGGGGCAGUAACAGUAUGCCAAGUCAGAGUCGCAGCUCUGUGCAGCGGACCCAUUCGCUGCCUGUUCAUACUUCUCCACAAACCAUGCUGAUGUUCCAGCAGCAAGAAUGCCAAGUUCCAGGUUCUGACCUGGAGAUCAACCCCACGCUGGAGUCACUGUGCCUCAGUAUGACGGAGCAUGCCUUAGGGGAUGGAACUGACCGGACAUCAACAAUAUGAAGAAAGGAAAUAGACACUUCAUUUGAGGCCUGCUCAGUUCAGCACAAAGAUAGAUGUAUGCUCCAAAAGCCCAGGCAACGCAGUCACUACAAUAUGACAAAAAACUGUGUAUAUGUUCUCUAAUAUUUUUGUACUUUAUUAUAUACAACUAAGUUUAUUAAAAUGGAGUACAGAUGACUAUUAUAUUGUAGAACAGAGGUUAACUGUGUCAGCUGUGCCAUGCCACCUGCAGCAGGACUGUGGCAUGGUGUGCAGCGGUUCAGUUUACCAUGAUAUAAAAAAAAAGAAGUGGAUUGGUGCUGUCAUAAAGGGUUCUUCCCUGAAUUUGCUCUUCUUCUCUUGCUACCUUUGAUCAAGGUUUUCUAUCUACAACACACUGACAACCCCUUCACCACACACUCUAGGUUCUGAAAAUGUCCAGCCACAAGUAAGGCACUUUUAUUGACUUUGAUAUUAGGCACUAAAUGUAACUGGCCCUGGUGGUAAAAACUCUGAGGUUUUCCCUGGACAUCGGUAAUAACCUGAUUCCAUAGGAUGCUCUAGUCAGGGCUUUGAAUUAAGGCAGAUGUUUACUUUAGUUCACUCUAAUGUUUUUCUUUUUUGAAAAAGGAAAAGAGAGGACCAAAAGAAAUCAGAAAUAGUUUGUAUUUAAACUUUUGGACAUACCCUUUUUUUUCCUUUGUUGUUUUACUUUGACAUUUAAAGUUAAAGUGAUUGUCCUCUAAGCAUCUACAAAACCAAAGACAAGGGUUGUUUGUUUGUUGCUUCGAGAAAGAUAUUUGUAGUGAGUUGGAGCAGAAUAAAACAAAAACAAAAAAAUGCAGUGCGAAACAUUAUUGCCAGCACAAAUUUGUCUCUUAUUUUAAUGUCCUCCUUAUUAAAUGAUGAUGAAUCUCAUUUUUGGUCAGGGACUCCCCCUAGGGGGCGGGGGGGUUAGUAAGAGCUAGUGAGGUUUGUUCUGUGCAGGAGCUAAUUAGAUAUUGAAUUGAUAAAAGCACUGAGGCCAUAUUGUUUUCAAAUAACCACCAUAAUGCUGGCCAGAGCUAGAUAAAUGAGAAAGGUCUCAGCCCUCUGGUUCUUUAGCUUUGGCUUUUGAAAAUGAAAACAAGCUUAAUCUUUUACAGAAAUGCAAAAGAGCACGGCACCUAAACCUCACAACGCCCUUGUCCUUAAAAAAGGCCAUUGUGAUGAUUUGAUGAAUCAUUCUUAUUCAAGGUGCUUGACGAUGUCCAUAUUUUCUGUUUGUGUCUGUGUUUCAAGCUCAGAGCUCCACCAUUAUCAUCUGGUAUCAGUGUUGAACCAUGAACUGUCUUUUAACAGCCUCUGUCUAUGAAUGUGACAGAGCCAGAGGUGCAUGUCUGUGUGAUUAUGGUCUUUUGGAUCACUUUUGGUUGCUUCAUAAAGCAGGGAUAACCAUAUAUUAUUUCAGCAGAGCCAUAGGAGGUCUGUCUAGUAAAGAUGGUUAUUUACAGAUAUCUUUUCCAAUUGUAUUUCUAUUCUCCCUUGAUAUUGAUAACUUAUGCUUAUUUUCUGUAAUUGCAUGUUUUGCCACACUAAUACAGCACUGUUGUAGAUAGAGGACAUGAUGGCUUACGGUGUCAGGUGUCACCAACAGCUAGAAACCAGUCAUCUUGCAACAAAUGUAUGUUUCAUAUCGCCUAGAUGUCACUGUUUACACAUUUCUGGGAUAAUCCCUGAUUCAUAAUAUUUGAUGUCAUGAGUAAAAUAUUGUCUUGCAUCGUAAUGCAUAAAAGAACUAAAGCCCUCUCGUACUCUGAGAUAGGUGGGUCUAAAAGAAAAAAAAACAUCCUCUCACGCAGAUCUGUGAAUUAAAAUGGCACUCAAGAUUUUCCAGAUUAUGCUUUACAAACAGCUGCUCUGGCCAUGUGAUUAAACUGUUAGCUGUCAUGUCCUGGUAAACUGUUCAUGUGGUGCCUAAAGUGCAAAACUGCAGCACUCGAAAACAUUUAUUUUAAAAGUGGUUGCAUUUUAGUCAUGGAUUUCUUCAGAGCAGGCUCUUGGAUGGAUCUGACUUAGUAAAAAUCAUUAGACUCCCUGUUAGAAAGAACUCCAGUGUGUGAAAAAUGCAGGCUUUGUAAGACAGUCUUGUUUUUAACAGUCUUCAUUAACUGUGUUGUUACAAAUGGCUCAGAUUAUCCUUUUCAUAGCCUCUGUUGCUUUCUAAAGCCUAUUUAUUGCUUUUAAUGGACACAGAGGUACAAUUCAGUUUUCUGCAAGUGUGUGUUAAUGAUGCUGAUGCAGCAGGGGAUGACGAUGCUUAUCUGAGCCAAAUGUUGAAAGUAAACGGAACACUAUCGACAGGCCAAGGAAAACGUUUACUUCAUGUUUACAUUCCAGCGAUUCAAGAAAUGAGCUGGGAAUGCAUUUCAUGAAUUUAGCCUGGUUUAUAUAAACAUGUUAGGAUUCAAAAUAAGAGGUACAGAGCCUGUGUCAUAUGGAGACAUCUACCAAGUGUUGCCCAGGAUUUAUAAUAGUUCAAUUCUGCAGCCAGCUGUAGGUUAAACUGCGCAUAUUUGUCUUGUACAAUUUAUAUUUAAUUAUGAAUUACUUUUCCCCAGACAUUUUCUAAUGUUUUGUGAACUUUUUGCAUCACAUGCUUUGUUCUACUUUUUUACUGUCAUGUGUGUGAAUGGUCUGAAGUGCAACAUCUGUCAGAUCAAGACAGUCCAAAUAAAGAGGUUCAGUUCUUUUGCAACUAAA